CAGCUCAUUCUUCAGGUGAUGCCACCAGAGGGCUCCGGCUGUUGCUAAGGGGGAGGGGUUUACACUGCAAUGGGGGGCAAUCCCCCAAAGUGGCCCCUUUGAUUCUGCUCUUUUUCUAGUGUUUGGCUCAGAGAUGCUGUUACUGGGAGGGACUGAAGAGCCUGGGGGGAAUCGGGGUGUGACAUGGACUGAAGCCCCUUCUGUAACCUCCCCCAUCGCCUCUCUUGCCCCGACAGGCUGAGGAAUCACGUCCACGUUUCGCUCCAGAUCGUCCCGUCUUCCAGGAGACAGGGAAGGGAAAUGGCAGUGAUGGAGCCAGCUCAGGUGCCAGUGACCUUUGAGGAUGUGGCUGUGUAUUUCACCCAGGGGCAGGGGGCUCUACUGGACCCCGCUCAGAGAGCCCUCUACAGGGACAUCAUGCAGGAGAACUAUGAGACGGUGACCUCGCUGGGAUUUCCCCUUCCCAAACCUGAGCUGAUCACCCGGCUGGAACGAGGGGAAGAGCCGUGGGUCCCGGAUCUCCAGAUCUGCGAGGAAAGAGAGAUCCCAAGAGGCGACCGCACAGGUGCUGAGCGAGGGAGUGAGAAUGAGGAGGGGAAUCAUGAGGAUGUUCCUAGUGAAGUGGAUGAAUGUAUUAUAUGUGGGGGAAGACCCAAGGAUCCCACAGCCCAGCAGACAAAUCCCAGUGAAGAGAAACCCUAUCAGUGCCUCAAAUGUGGGAAAGGAUUCAUUCUAAGAUCACAGCUUGUGACAUAUCAGACAAUCCAUACUAGAGAGAAACCCCUUCAAUGCUUGGACCAUGGCAAAAGCUUCAAUAAUCGCUCAGACCUGAAAAACCAUGGGAGAUGCCACACAAGAGAGAAACCCUUUCAAUGCCUUGAGUGCAAGAAAUCUUUCUACUCUAAGUCAGCACUAAUAACACAUCAGAGAAUUCACGCAGAAGAGAGACCCCAUAAGUGCUUGGACUGUGGGAAAAGUUUCACACGGAGAUCA